AUGCGCCGCAUUCUUUCAUAUUCUGGGAAAUUGAAUGGACUAGAACCAUUGAUGUGCUCGCAGCGAUUUGUACGUCGAAGAGGAAAAGUGGUAAAAGAAGAAACUGAACAAGUAACUUCAUUUGACCUUCCUUCUUUUCGUGCAGGAAGCAUGUUAGCAGCACCUGAAACUUCCUUAGAUAAUAUUCGAGCAGAAAUAUCUCGCAUGCGUUCAGAUCAAGUAAAGCGUAACGAAAAAGCUAAUGAGAAACCAGUUUCUUCUACACAUAAGGAAGUAUCAUCACUUCAUUUCGGUUUAAGUGAAUUUAUGGAUAAACUUCGUCCAAGUGAAACUUAUUGCAAAGGACAUGAUGUGAUUGAAUGUGUUAAAGCUAAAGAUCGUACUGCUCGAAGACAACUUUUUCAAGAUGCUGAUGAAGUACUACGAAAGAAAAACAAAGAAGAUACUCUUAGAUAUUUACAAUUAGUCUAUGGUCGUAUUGGGUCAUCCCAUCGUGAAGAAGUAAUGGAAACUGUCAAUUUCUUGAUGCAGGAGGUUGAAAAAGAAACGCAACGAAUAGAAAUGGAAUCCCGUGAAACCACAGAAACUAAGGUAUCAUCGUUAAAUGGUAGUGAAAUUUCUCAUUAUGAAGCGAAAGAAAUGGCUUGGGUAAAUAUUUUGUCAAAUAUGCGUGAUGAAGAGUUAAUUAAAUUGUGGAAAUGGGGUUUAUUGGAUUUUGAUACUAUCGAAUCAUUUGUAGUUGCACAAGCACAUGAUGAGGCAUCUGAAAAAAAUUUAGAUCCUGAAGGAAAAGAAGAAGGAAAUGUAUUAACUUCUACUUCUUCUGUAUCCUUUAAUAAUGAAGGAAAGGAGAAAGUAGAAGUAAAGGUAGAAGAAGAAGAAGAAGAAGCAAAUCUUUCAUCAUCUCUUCCCAUUGAGCAAAACAUUGAAGCAUUACAAAAUGUUAGUGAAAUAGACGAGUUAACGGCAACUGUAUAUGAAAAUGCUUUCUUGGGUUUACCUGCCAUUGAUCUUGCACCAGUUAUGCAAAAAGUUCAACUAAAACGGUAUGAAGACAUUUCAGAACGUGAGUUACGUCUUCUGGAACGUUAUGAGGAAGUUAAACAUACGAUUAAACUCCCAAAGAACGUUACUUCUACAUCUAAUCCGGAAACAUCUGAUAAAGAUAGUGAAAUUAAAAGUGAAGGUGAAAAAAAUGAUUCUGUAUUAUUUUCAUCUAAAGAUAAAUCUUCUGUCAAUAAAAAGGUAGAAUUGACUAAAAUGGAAGUAACUGACGCUAUGAUAGAUCGAGCAUUUUCUCCAUCUAAUCGUUUUUUACAUGCUGUUGCACGUUAUGACGAUGCACUUCGUCAAUCCUUUGAAGGUAUGGAACGAAUAAAACGUCGUGCACUUUUAGAUCCUGUAUUUCAGGCAGCAGUAGAAGAAGCACAUAGAUGGGAGGAAUUAUCAGUCCAACCGUAUCUUCACAACGAUGGUACAACAAAUUUAACAUCUGCAGCUGCAGAAAGAAUAAACAAAAAGCAGCGUCGACUACAUCGUACAAGUGGUGUUAGUAGUGCUCCUCUUCUUGGAGGUCCGUUUGCUAAACCGCAGCAUGCGGCAGAUAUUCCUUUUUUUUAUGGGAAUGUUCGCAGCUUUGUCCCACCACGGGGACGAUAUAACAUGCCAGCUCCACAGUUAUCCCGCGAAGAAGCUUCUCAGCUUCGAAGCGCAAAGCGGAAGAAGUCACGAAUGCGCUAUCACAAGUAA